CUUCCUGAAAAGUUCGAACCUUACGACCCGUCAUCAGCACCAACACUCUCUUCCGGCCUGCCACCUGAACUCUGGGAGCUCGUGCAAUCUGCGCCCGCCAACUUCACACCACAGUACUUCUUGGACGUCAGCCGCAACCUACUUGAGAACCCAAACUUGACGGCCUCACACUUGGCUCGCGCAGAGCUAUCGUACACCAGCUUCAACGAUGCGUCUUACAACCCGCAAGCCACAACGCCUCUGGAACUGGCAGACAUCAUCAAGCAUCUACGAGUAGAGAACCACCCACGACUGGUUGAAGGCGGGAUCGAAGGCUAUGAUCUGACAUGGACCGUAGUUCGAAAGCUGAUCCCGCGCAACCCCAAGCUCGACAACAUGAUGAUCCAGACCUGUCACCUCUACACGUCAACAGCCCCCGUGACGAUUCGCAUCAGCGGUAAAGAAGAACCAACCCAAGCAGAACGCUACCUAGUCAUCUACAUCCCGCACGUCGCCUCUCCAGAAGAGAUUCCCUACUACCACCCGAUCGCCCAGCGCUUGGGCAUCCUCUACACAUACUUCUCCGCCACACCUGCCUUGCUCACAUCCCGCGGUCACCUUAGCAUAUCCUUUUCCCUCUUCCCCUCGCAUCCUCUCGACAACAGACUCUCGCGCACCGCGCUCAAGCUGCUCGAAGUCAUCCACAAGCACGCGCGUGGCCGGGCGGCAGGCUACAAGAAACGCGUGCAACACGACGUCAUCAUCCCGCAGAAACCGUUCCAGGACACGUACGCAUAUCUGAAGGGCAAGUACGCGAAGAAACUGAUCGAGAGGUGGGUGGAGCAGACGCCGCCCGGGAAGCACGUCUUCGAGGAUCUGGGCAUCAGUGCGUUUCUCAUAGAGCUCUGGGUCAGCAUGUACGGAUCAGGCGAGGGCGAAGAGAGGAAAACGUCAGCGCAGGAGGCAUUUCCUGGCUUCGUCGACAUCGGGUGCGGGAACGGACUCCUGGUGCACAUCUUGAACGAAGAAGGCUGGGCUGGCUGGGGUUUCGACGCGCGGCGGCGGAAGACGUGGAACACGUUCCCUGCCGCGCAUCAAGAAAAGCUGGAGGAAAUGCUCCUCAUCCCCGCCGUCCUCAACACGUCGACUGCAGGGGCAGAGGCAGAGGCAGAGGCAGAGACAGAGACAGAGCAAGGGCAAGAGCAAAACGUCCCUGUGCCUGCGAGCCACGACGGUGUCUUCCCCGCAGGCACGUUCAUCGUGUCCAACCACGCCGACGAACUCACGCCCUGGACGCCGCUCCUCGCCUCCCUUUCGCGCUCGCCGUUUAUCGCCAUCCCGUGCUGCAGCCACGACUUCGGCGGCACGCGGUUCCGCGCCCCGCCGGUCAAGAAGUAUGUCCCUGACGACGGGCAGCCGAAGGGGAACAAAAAUGCGCAGCCGAGCGCGUAUGCGAGUCUGUGCUCGUGGACGAGUGCGUUGACGGAGGCUAUGGGGUAUGUGGUUGAAAGAGAGCAUUUGAGGAUCCCGAGUACGAGGAACAUUGCGGUUGUAGGGAGGCGAUUUGUUAGUCAGGAUGACGAGAGGAGUAUGGAAGAGAGGCUGCAGGCGGCUAGGGAUGCGGUCGUCAGGGAGAUGGGUGGGCAGGUUGGUGUGGAGCAGGUAAGGAACCAGUGGGUUGCGAGGGGAAGUGGGUUGAUGAUGCCAGGGAAGGGUGGGCAUUAG